GAACAGAGAGAUAGAAAAUGUCAGGCCGCGGCAAGGGAGGUAAAGGUCUGGGGAAAGGAGGCGCCAAGCGUCACCGCAAAGUUCUCCGCGACAACAUCCAGGGCAUCACCAAGCCCGCCAUCCGCCGUCUGGCUCGCCGCGGCGGAGUCAAGCGCAUCUCCGGACUCAUCUACGAGGAGACCCGCGGGGUGCUCAAGGUCUUCCUGGAGAACGUCAUCCGCGACGCCGUCACCUACACCGAGCACGCCAAGAGGAAGACGGUCACCGCCAUGGAUGUGGUCUACGCUCUCAAGAGGCAGGGCCGCACCCUCUACGGCUUCGGAGGCUAAACACCAAUAACGACCAUCACAACAACACAAAGGCUCUUUUAAGAGCCACCCACAACG